AGCUGACUUUGGUGUUUCUGCAAAAAAUGUGAAGACUCUACAGAGAAGGGAUUCCUUCAUUGGAACUCCAUACUGGAUGGCUCCUGAGGUGGUGAUGUGUGAGACUAUGAAGGAUGCUCCGUACGAUUACAAAGCAGAUACCUGGUCUUUAGGAAUAACGCUGAUUGAAAUGGCUCAAAUUGAACCCCCACACCAUGAACUGAAUCCCAUGCGUGUCCUCUUGAAAAUCGCCAAGUCCGAGCCACCCACGCUUGCUGCCCCUUCAAAGUGGUCUCUGGAGUUCCGGGACUUCCUGAAAAAAGCCCUUGAUAAGCAUCCUGAAACAAGGCCAAGCGCAGGACAGCUUCUGGAGCACCCAUUUGUAAACAAAAACAUAAAAAAUCGAGUAUUACGGGAACUUGUCGCAGAAGCAAAAGCUGAAGUUUUGGAUGAAAUAGAAGAAAAUGGAGAAAUGGAGGAGGAAGAGUCCCCAGAUCCAGUUUCUCCACCUGCAAAGAACGGCCAGUACUCAUCUGAUGUGGAAAAAGACAAGCACCCUGUUAGCAAUGGAAUAAAGCCUCUUGCAGAACAUUCAAAGGACCAAAGCCCAGACAGCACUAUAAGCAGCAAAGCUGACAGCAGAAGUUCUUCCGAGAAUAUUCAUGUACAGAGUCUUCACGGUGUAGAAGAUGCAAAGCCUGACAUUAUUAUCAUCAAUCCAUUGAUUGAAGUAGAUAGAAGGGGCCACUCUGCAGCUGAAAACCAUAGCAAAGACGCGGAUAAAGACCACACAUCAGUUACACCUAAUAGUCACAAGCCAAAGAGCAACCAAUAUGAACGUCUUUCUGCUGAACUAAUACAUAAUGGAAGCAUCAACUCUCCCUCGCGAUUCUUCAGCAGCUGGUCCAAAAGGGAUUCUGACUCAGGCAGCAAUUCUGCUUCAGACAGUAUGGAUCUCAGCAUGAACCUGUCAGCUGAUCUUUCCCUUAACAAAGAAACUGGUUCAUUAUCAGUCAGGGAGUCUCGACUUCACAGCAAAACACUGAAGCGUACCAGGCGAUAUUUAGUUGAUGGUGUUGAGGUGAGCGUUACAACCUCAAAGAUUAUUGGGGAUGAUGAUAAAAAAGAUGAAGAGAUGCGCUUUUUGAGGCGCCAGGAACUACGUGAACUGAGGCUGUUACAGAAAGAAGAGCACAGGAACCAGGCCCAGCUGAAUGCAAAACAUGUCUUACAGCUGGAGCAGAUGAUACGUCGCUUUGAACAGGAAAUGCAUGCAAAAAAAAAGUACUAUGAUACAGAACUUGAAAUGUUGGAACGCCAACAGAAGCAGCAGAUUGAGCACAUGGAACAAAUGCAUGCCAUGCGCAGGAGAGAUGAAACAAAGCGAAUUCGCACUGAGCAAGAAAAAGAAUAUAACAGAUUCCUUGAGCAGCUUAAAUUACGAAAAAGAGAGGUGAAGGCUGAAGUGGAGAGGCUUCCAAGACCACAACGAAGAGAGACCAUGAGGUUAAAAAAAAUGGAUGACUUUGCACAGAAGAAACAGUCAGAGGAGCAACACUUCCUAAAUAAGCAGAAAGAAGAUAUGGCUCUGGCCAUGAGUUCCAUCACCCUAGAGAACAAGAAAGAGAUUUACAGCAAGGAGAGGGAAUUUCUGAACAAGAAACAUCAACUUCUUAGAGACAGAGAAGCCUGCAUUUGGGAUUUGGAGGAACGCCACUUGCAGGAGAGACACCAGCUCAAUAAGCAGCAGCUGAAAGACCAGUACUUUUUACAGCGGCAUGAAUUGCUUAGAAAACAUGACAAGGAGAAAGAACAAAUGCAGAGAUACAAUCAGCGCAUGGUGGAGCAGCUUCGAUUACGGCAACAGCAGGAAAGGGCUCGACUGCCAAAAAUCCAGAGAAGUGAAGGAAAGACCAGGAUGGCAAUGUACAAGAAAAGCCUUCAUAUCAGUUCUAGUUCUAGUGGUGCAGAGCAGAGAGAGAAGAUUAAACAGUUCUCUCAGCAGGAGGAUAAGAGGCAGAAAGCAGAGAGAGCACAACAGCAGCAGAAACACGAGCACCAUCUACUGGAAAUGCAGGCUCAGUGUGACAGCAAUGCAAGGGAGCUGCAGCAGUUACAGAAUGAGAAAUGUCACCUUCUAGUGGAGCAUGAGACACAAAAAUUGAAGGCAAUUGAUGAUGGUCACAUUCAGAUGCUGAGAGACUGGAGAGAGAAGCUGAGACCCCGUAAAAAGGCACUGGAGGACGACUUAGACCAGAAGAAGCAGGAACAGGAAAUGUUUUUCCGCAUGAGCGAAGUAGAAGUCGGACGGACAAGGGGGAUCAGUCCAGAAACCCGCCAAGUUUUAUGCCUACAGUUCAGCGGAAGCGUCAUA